CCCUCCCUCCCACUGCCGGCGGAGCACCCGAGAAGAGAAAACGGGACGCGCCCCACGAGCUCCAGACCGCCGGGGGCUCGCCAUGGUGCGCGGCCGCCCGCGGAGGCGGGGCCGUGCCCGAGCGGAGCGAGGCGGCGAGGCGGCGCAGGCGGGCGGGGAGGAGGACCCGGUCCUGUUCCCGCUCGGCGCCCCGGUGGAGGUGCGCAGCGAUGACUCCGGCUUCGCCUGCUCCUUCUACGAGGCCACGGUCGUCGGCUACCAGCCCGGCGGGGCCGGCUACGUCGUGGCUUACUCCACGCUCUGCCGGAGCCCGGGCGGGGGCUCACCGCUGCGGGAGAGGGUCGCGGAGGCGGACGUGCGUCCCCGGCCGCCCCCCGCGCCGCCGCGGGGGUUCGCGGUGCACGAGAUGGUCGAGGCGUUCCACAACGACGGCUGGUGGGCCGGCGUCGUCUGCGCUGUCCCGCCGGCGGCGCCAGAGGAUGAGACCGCAGAGCUGCCCCGGCGGCGGGUGUACAGGGCGAGCUUCCCGACGUCGCGGGAGCUGCUGGAGUUCGAGGAGGCGGCGCUGCGGCCGAACCGCCUUUUCCAGGGCGAGCGCUGGGUUCCGGCUGAAGAGGCGGAAAAUGGAAUACCUCUAUUCAGAGAUGGAAGCCAAGUUGAAGUGAGUCGGUCUGCAAAAACCUUUGGCAAAUACUGGAGUCCAGCUAUUAUUCUGAAAGUAAUUGGUGCUACAAGUUUCUUAGUAGAAUACAAAGAUGUAAGAGAUGAUGGAGAACAGGUUACUGAGAUUCUGGAUUCUCAAUAUAUUCGUCCAUCACGAAAGAUCAUUCAUAUGGAUUCUAAGUAUAGGUUUCCUCCAUCUUCGCAUGUGGAGGUCUUUCAUGAAGGUAGCUGGUGGACUGGUGCUAUUUUAGAGAUUUUGGACAGUGAAUCUCCCAAAAAGUAUGUUGUUAAAAUCAAGAGCGAAGAUGCAGACAUGGAUGAUGUGCAAUGUGUGGAUUUGUUGACUGUUGACCAUACACAGCUAAGACCAAAAUACGACUGGUAUCGUGGAAAGUGGGUGCGCUUUUUGACAGAGAAACCUGCUAAUAGAGGGCCACAACUAACACCUCGGAAAAGGCCAAUUUCUGCUGCGCUGGCCGCAUGUAGUGACAGUGUUGAACUUACUCUGUUGGCAACAUGUAAUGACAGUGAAGAGAUCAGAGAUGAACCUGACUCUUAUCUAAAGGAGAAGGUCAACAAUGAGGAUGUAGUAUUGAAGAAGGUUUGUCCUGACUUUGUGGUGUGUAAUGAACAUGAUCGAAUCAAGCAUAUGCUAAGCUCUUUUCCUGAAAAAGUGGUGAAGCAACAAAACACAGUAUUACCAUUCGAGUCCCACUUGACAGUUCCUUCACAGUCAUCAUGGAUAGGAUUUCGCAGUUUGAAAUAUGAUCCUAAGCUUUGUCUAAGUGGUCAACUUGAAUUAUCCUCUUCUCGGAUGAUUACCAUGCCUUCUGUGCCACAAACUGGACAGUUGCAAGCUUCAUUGUUUGGAGCAUUUGGACAACUAAGGCCUCUCCCGCAGGGCCCAAUUUUCAGAAUGCAAUCACAUACCGUAGAUUUUGGCAGCAUUGUAGGAUCAGCAAAGUCAUUUACUGAUCACGGAAAGCAAGCAAAUGAUAAAUGUGAUUAUCUGAUGAGUGGUUCUAAGCAGAACACCAAUUUUGGAUCAUUUUCUGGAACUGGUCUGUCCAGGAAAAUACUAUUUACUGGUCAGGGAAAGCAAGCAAAUGAUGAUAAAGAUUGUUGUCUGAUGACUGGUUCUAAAUGUAACAUCAAUUAUGGAUCAUCUUCUGGAAGUGAUCUGUCCACGAAAAGACUGAUGGCAAGUGUUUGUCCUCAAACACCACUGCUCUUAGGAGGGAGACCUAAAAUUAUGCAAAAAAGGAAAAAGAUGGCUGAUAAAAAAGUUAAGGAAGCCAGCAAACUUGCAGCUAUCUCUGAAGAGCCCACUGAACUGAACAACGAUGAUGGCAAAGAUCUGCCUAAGAAUUUAGAUCCAGGUUCUGUAUUACUUUCGGAAGUAAAUACAGUGGCUCACAUGGCUCACACUGACUCAAGGGCCCGAAAGGAUGAUAAAGGCUCACAGGGAGUUAGUGUUUUUCUGAGGGAGAGUAGUGUUGCAGAUGAGAUCAUACCAAGUGGAGUACCAAUUGGACUCAAUAAAUUUCACCAAGAGGAUUAUGUUGGAGCAGGACAGCAAGGUGCAACUGAAGUUAGCGUUCUGAUUGAAAAGUCAGUCCUAUCUAUCACUUCAGCGUUGGACAAUCCUGCAGAUAGUUGUGAAGAUACUGGGGAUAAAGAUAACAUGGAGGCCAUGGUGAAGUAUGUCAGAAGCUAUGCUGUUCCAACUGAAAAUGUCUCUAGUAUGGGCAUUGUGGCUCCGAAUCGGUUACUGUCCAGUGAGAAUCCUGAGGAUGUGGAUCCUCAAGAAUACACCUGUAAUAUGCCCAAAACUAAGCAUGCAGGUGCUGAUGGUCUGUCCUCAGUUAUAUCCUUCCCUGCAUUCAAGAAAUUUGCAGCUCAUGAGCAACAUGGAAUAUCACAACAGGAUCAUAGUUCAGCCAUGAUAGAGUUUGCAACUGAAGGUAUCCAUUCGAUCGAGAAUUCAGAAAUAACACAGUUGUCUUCUAUCAGUAUGAGCAGCUCUACUGAAGCAGAACAAGGUGGUGCAUUGAUUGAUCCAAAUGAUUCUGAGCAUACGCCAAUGUCCAAGUUUGUUCCAAGCAAAACACAAGGUUCUUGCCUGUCCUUGUUGCAGAGAUCUCUUGAUGUCCAUGAAAGCAUCAUGGCUGAUCAAACUACAGAAUCAUUGGUUAUCAAGAAUCUUCCAUUCAUGAAGACCUCUCCGAUGUGGGAACAGAUUGAGGCAAUGGAAGUCUUCCGUAGUGCGCCGCAACGACCACAUUUUCAUAAGUUCCAGCAGCAUGUUCCGGAGCUCCGUGAAGGAAUGGCUUUGGGUUUGAUGCUCUCUUUUGCCAAUUUGGCAGAAAGCAUAAGGAGGCUGAGUAUUCAUGAUGAGGUUGCACUUUUUGAAGAGAAGAUGAAGGGCCUUUCUUUAUUGGAGGCAGAUGGUUUCGACAUCAGGCACCUGCGAUCACGGUUGGAAACACUGCUGCACAUAAGGAGUGGCUGUUCCGAACUGCAGGCUGCUAUUAAAGAAUUGAAGAAUAAGAGUUCUCACAAAGACACUGAUGAUAGACACCUGAGUGCACAAAUUGGUUUGCUAAAUAUGACUGUCCGUCAUCUUGAACUGCAGGCUUGUCUCUUCCGCUGCAUAACACAGUCUGCUAUUUCACAGAAGAUGAACAAUGCUUCGGAGGCCGUAAGGCUCAAAACAGAAGCCGGCACGCUUGAGCAGUCAUAUCUGUAUGCCGAGCAGCAGUUCAACAGUGUCGCCGCAGCGCCAUGGUAAAUCCUCCUCCCAGUCUCCAAUGAACCAUCAGAUGUAUGAUGCAAAUACUUAAAAGUACUAGCAAGUGGAGAACUCCCAGGCCUUUUGUGUGAAUAUCUACCUUUUGUGUGAAUAUGUGGUCGGGCUGCCCUGCUGCUGUCUAACCUGAUGAACCUAUGCCUGUUAUGUUGCUGGUAUGGCGUUGCACAUGAGCGUUUAUUGAUAUAUCCUACGGUCUAGGCUUGGUGUCAUUUCCA